AUGAAUCUUUAUCAAAUAUCAAAAUUUCUUAUUCUUGUUGCAUUGAUUGGUUAUGGAGAGGCGGCACCCGCCAGAGCCGAAUCUCGAGGCCCUAGGCCCUACCUUGGUUCUAGAUUGGACCCCUACAGAAUCACGCUGCCAAUCAACCGGACUCGGCUCACUGAAAGCUUCAGAGAACAUGUUACCUUGACGAAUGGUGAAAACUCAUUCUCCUUCAAGCCUCAAGAAUUGACCAAGAGGUUGGGUGUUGACGACGAAGUCGAUGAGAACAAGCCGAAAAUUCACUCAAGGACACUUCAAAAUUCUUCCGGGAGUCUCCAGGGCAGGUCGAAACCUGGAGCUUUUCCAUGGGAGGGCCUUAACCCCAAAGGUACAUACCCCUGGACCAGAACAAUCAUAUGCAUGGCGAUCUGCGAGAGGAAUACAUAUCACAUGAGAGAGAUCCUGAAGGGAAAGGGAAGAUGGCAAGCAUGUAUCCUCAAGUGCAAGUCGGACGGUUCUAUGACUGAUAUCACUGGCGAGGUCUACGAGGCGAGCUUCAAGGAGGACUUUGCUCCGUUGAACUACUAUAAGGGGUACCUCGAUUACAUCUCGGACCAAACCGGCGUGGUGGAACCGAAGAACUGGUUUCUGGACUGGAGACCCGCAUAUUAA